UGCACUCCGCGAUGCUUUAGUCGAGAGGGGGUUAAUAAGUAGCACAAGAAAUAUGACUGCUGAUGAGCAGUUAGGCAUAUUUCUAUAUGGCGUAGGGCAUGGCGUGGCAAACCGAAUAUUGGCGGAAACAUUCCAACAUUCCGGAGAAACCAUCAGUAGGCAUUUUAACAAUGUACUACGCGGCAUUGUGAGGCUAAAAGAUGACUACAUAAUGUUGCCGUCAAGUAAUGCUGCCGUGCAUCCAAGAAUUCGGGAUAAUCCAAAUUUUCAUCCUUUCAAGAAUGCUAUUGGUGCGAUCGACGGAACACAUAUUCCAGUAGUGGUCGAAAGGAGUAAACAAGCACCAUUUCGAUGUCGAAAAGGGUUCACCUCACAAAAUAUGAUGGCUGCGGUGUCAUUUGAUCUUAAUUUUUUAUUUGUAUGCACAGGAUGGGAAGGCUCUGCUGCCGAUAUGAGAGUACUUCGAUGGGCAUGCGAAAGAGGUGGUUUCGUUGUUCCCGAAGGCAAGUAUUACUUAGUAGACUCGGGAUAUGCAAAUACUGAAAAAUUUCUUGCACCCUAUAGAGGAGAGCGUUACCAUAUUAGUCAGUUUGACGCAAGCACACGGGCCCGCGUUCAUCGAAAUCCACGAGAUUUGUAUAACCACCGGCAUGCUCAAUUAAGGAAUGUGGUUGAGAGGAUAUUUGGCAUUUUGAAGAAGCGUUUCAAAAUUCUAAAUGUAGCAACACCGUUUUCGUAUAAAGUUCAAUGCUUGAUUGCUAUGGCAUGUUGUAUAAUACAUAACUUCAUUCGUCGUCACCAAGCAAAUGAUAACAUUUUUUCUGAUGAGGGUGCAGAUGAACAGGACGCUGAAAAUGAAGGUGGAGUAGCCGAUUUAGUGAGAGUAAUUGAGGACUCCCAAAAUGGUGAGGAUCUACGUGCUAAUAUUACAAAUCAAUUGUGGAACACUAGAAUAUAAUUUUAUAUAAAUUAGAUAAUUGUAUUGAUAUUUGGUAGAAUUGAGUGUAGUGGUUAUAUUGUUAUUUGACAAUUGUAAGAUGAUGAUGUAUGAGAUGGAUAUGCUUUGUAAUACUUGCUUAUUUAUGCCUGUUAUGGAAUAUGUAUUAAUGUUAUAUAUUGUGAUGAUAUUUUCUGCGUUGAAUAUUGGUAGGUAGAUAUGU